AUGCGGCUCCAAGGCCGGGACCAGUGCCGGGCCCGGGGCAGCCAAAGGUGCGGGAGCGAGAGGAGCCGGGACGAGGCAGCCGAAGGUCUCCACACAGUGCAGCGUCUUUAUGGCUGUGACCUCCUGUCUGACGGGAGUGUCCGUGGAUCCAGGUGGGAUGGCUUUGACGGGCGGGAUUUCAUCUCCUUGGAGCUGGGAUCCAGGAGCUUCGUGGCGGCCGAUGGAGCUGCCCAGAUCACCAAGAGGAAAUGGGAAUCUGAUGGGAUCGAGGUGGAGAGAUAGACACAUUACCUUGGGAGCAUCUGUCUGGAAUGGCUCCAGAAAUAUGUCGGAUACGGGCGGGAGGUGCUGGAGCGCAAAGAGCCCCCUGAUGUCCACGUGUCUGGGAAAGAGGAACACGGGAUCCUGACGUUGUCCUGCCACGCGUACGGAUUCUACCCCGGGAUCAUCGCGAUCAACUGGAUGAAGGGGGAUGAAAUCCAGGAUCAGGAGACGGAGUGGGGCGGGAUCGUUCCCAACAGCGACGGCACCUUCCACAGCUGGGCCAGGAUCGAGGCGCUGCCGGGGGAGCGGGAGCAGUACCAGUGCCGGGUGGAGCACGCCGGAAUGCCGGAGCCCGGGAUCUUCGCCUGGGAGCCGGAAUCCAUCUGGAAUUCCCCCCCGGUGUUGGUCGCUGUGUCUGUCAUCGCUGCCAUCGGCGUCAUCAUCGGCCUCAUCGCAGUCGGUGUCUGGAAGCUCCGAGCCGGGAAGGGAAAGGGCAAUGGAUACGACCCCGCGCCCACCACAGAAAUCACAGCCUGAGUGAUCCCA